GAAGAGCCGCAACAGGGAUUCCUAGACUAGCCGGGGUCGUGGGGCAGUGAAACAACUGAAAUUAACUGAAGGAAAAAAAAACCAAAUACGUUCAUUUUCGGAUUAACGUUGCUGCUGAAGUGUACCUUCCCUACACAGUACCAUGUCUCGGCCUGGUGGAGGUGGUGUGGGUGAUGCUGAACGCUACCUCUAUACCAAUUCUGGCUUGGCAUCAAAUUCAAGCUCUUCCGCUUCCAGCCAGGCAGACUGGGCAGCACGAAGAUUGGUCUGGGUGCCCUCGGAAAAGCAUGGCUUUGAGGCAGCCAGCAUAAGAGCAGAGCGUGGAGAUGAGGUCGAGGUGGAGCUGUCUGAUAAUGGGCGUAAAGUUGUCCUUUCACGAGAGGAGGUUCAGCGUAUGAACCCUCCACGAUUCAGCAAAGUGGAAGAUAUGGCUGAAUUAACUUGCCUAAAUGAAGCUUCUGUGUUGCAUAAUCUGAAGGAGAGAUACUACUCUGGGCUGAUCUAUACAUACAGUGGACUCUUUUGUGUGGUUAUUAAUCCUUAUAAAAACUUGCCUAUCUACACUGAGUCGAUUGUGGAGAUGUACCGGGGGAAAAAACGGCAUGAGCUGCCACCACACAUCUAUGCCAUCUCUGAGGCGGCAUACCGAAGCAUGUUGCAAGAUCGAGAAGAUCAAGCUAUUCUUUGCACUGGUGAGUCUGGUGCUGGUAAAACUGAGAACACAAAGAAGGUGAUCCAGUACUUGGCUCACGUGGCCUCUUCUCACAAGGUUGCUAACACGGGAGGGUCUCGGAAAGAGUUACAGCAGCUGGAAUUACCAAGGCUGACCAGCACCCAGAACGUCUCAACUUCCUAUGGAGAACUAGAGAGGCAACUCUUACAAGCCAAUCCUAUUCUAGAAGCCUUUGGAAAUGCAAAAACUGUGAAGAAUGACAACUCCUCUCGCUUUGGGAAGUUUAUUCGGAUUAACUUUGAUGUGACGGGCUAUAUUGUUGGAGCAAACAUUGAGACCUAUUUGCUUGAAAAGUCAAGAGCAAUCAGACAAGCCAAAGACGAACGGACUUUCCACAUGUUCUAUCAGCUCUUGUCCGGAGCAGGAGAGGCCAUGAAGGGUGAUCUGCUGCUUGAGGGGUUUGACCAGUACCGUUUUUUAUCAAAUGGGUUCGUUCCAGUUCCAGGACAAACAGACAAGGAGAAUUUCCAGGAGACACUGGAGUCAAUGCGGAUCAUGGGAUUUCAUCAGGAUGAGAUUGUGUCCAUGUUAAGACUCAUCUCAGCCGUUUUACAGUUUGGAAAUAUAAGUUUCCGAAAGGAGAGGAAUACAGAUCAAGCAUCUAUGCCUGAUAAUACAGCUGCUCAAAAGUUGUGCCACUUAAUGGGUAUAAAUGUUACUGAGUUCUGCCGUGCCAUUCUUACCCCUCGCAUCAAGGUUGGUCGAGACUAUGUACAGAAGGCUCAGACCAAGGAGCAGGCUGAUUUUGCUAUUGAAGCUUUGGCAAAGGCCACAUACGAACGCCUGUUUCGGUGGCUUGUUCACCGUAUUAAUCGUGCACUUGACCGCACUAAGAGACAAGGAGCUUCCUUUAUUGGGAUCCUAGAUAUUGCUGGAUUUGAAAUCUUCCAGUUGAAUUCAUUUGAACAAUUAUGUAUCAACUACACUAAUGAGAAGCUGCAGCAGUUGUUCAAUCACACCAUGUUCAUCUUGGAGCAGGAGGAGUAUCAGCGUGAGGGUAUUGAGUGGAACUUCAUUGACUUUGGCUUGGACCUGCAGCCAUGCAUUGACCUCAUUGAAAGGCCGGCAAAUCCUCCUGGUGUUCUGGCUCUGUUGGAUGAAGAGUGCUGGUUCCCUAAGGCUACAGACAAGACAUUUGUAGAGAAGCUAACUGUUGAGCAAGGUUCCCACCCAAAAUUCCAGAAACCACGGCAGCUGAAAGACCAAGCUGACUUCUGCAUCAUCCACUAUGCAGGCAAGGUGGAUUACAAAUCUGAUGAGUGGUUAAUGAAGAACAUGGAUCCUUUAAAUGACAAUGUAGCAUCACUUUUACAUCAAUCAACUGAUCGGUUUGUUGCAGAACUUUGGAAGGAUGAUAUUCAGAACCUUCCUCGGGCCUAUUUCUUUGACUCCUACACUGUUCUACAACAGAAUGGUUCUGACAUGGACAGAAUUGUAGGACUGGAACAGGUGCAAGUGGGAGGUGUGAGUGAUGUCAGCUUUGGCUCCGGCUACAAGACCAAGAAGGGCAUGUUCCGAACUGUGGGCCAACUGUACAAGGAGUCAUUGUCUAAGCUAAUGGCGACGCUGCGCAACACCAACCCCAACUUUGUGAGGUGCAUCAUUCCAAAUCAUGAAAAAAGGGCGGGCAAGUUGGAGCCCCAUCUUGUUCUUGACCAGCUUCGUUGCAAUGGAGUUUUAGAAGGAAUUCGCAUCUGCCGCCAGGGCUUUCCAAACCGGAUUGUUUUCCAAGAAUUCAGACAGAGGUAUGAGAUCUUGACUCCCAAUGCUAUUCCAAAAGGUUUUAUGGAUGGUAAACAGGCAUGUGAGAGGAUGAUUAAUGCUCUUGAACUUGACAAGAAUCUCUACCGAGUUGGCCAGAGUAAGAUUUUCUUCCGAGCUGGUGUGCUGGCCCAUUUAGAAGAAGAACGUGACCUGAAAAUCACAGAUAUCAUUGUUUUGUUCCAGAGUGCAGCAAGGGGUUUUCUAGCUCGCAGAGCAUUUUCCAAAAAACAGCAGCAGCUCAGUGCUCUUAAAGUCGUGCAGAGGAAUUGUGCUGCGUAUCUCAAGUUGAGGCACUGGCAGUGGUGGAGACUGUUUACCAAGGUUAAACCCCUACUCCAGGUUACACGCCAAGAUGAGGAGAUUCAUGCCAAAGAACUUGAGCUUCAGAAGGUCAGAGAUAGACAGGUGAAAGUGGAAUUGGAUUUCAAAGAUCUAGAGAGAAAACAUCAGCAGCUAAUUGAAGAAAAGUCUAUCCUGGCUGAGCAGUUGCAAGCAGAAACUGAACUUUUUGCGGAGGCCGAGGAAAUGAGAGCAAGGCUGUCUGCACGCAAGCUAGAGUUGGAGGAGAUCUUGACUGAUCUUGAGUCUCGUCUUGAAGAAGAAGAGGAGCGUAAUAACCAGCUUACAAAUGAAAAGAAGAAGAUGCAGCAACACCUGCAGGAUUUGGAGGAGCAACUGGAGGAAGAAGAAGGUGCACGCCAGAAACUUCAACUAGAAAGAGUCACAGUUGAGGCUAAAAUGAAGAAGAUGGAGGAGGACAUUCUUUUACUUGAAGACCACAAUUCUAAGCUUAGUAAGGAAAAAAAACUACUAGAGGACCGCAUCAAUGAGAUGACAUCUCAGCUUGCGGAGAAUGAAGAAAGAGUUAAAAAUCUGAGCAAAGUGAAGAACAAACAUGAGGCUGUUAUUGCUGACAUGGAAGAGCGCUUGAAGAAGGAAGAGCAGAUUCGCCAAGAAAUGGAGAAGUCUCGGCGCAGGUUAGAUGGAGAAACUAAUGAGCUACAGGACCAGCUGGCAGAGUUAAUGGCCGUUGUAGAGGAACACCGGGCUCAGUUGUCACGCAAGGAGGAGGAAAUGAGUGGAGUCUUAGCUAGAGUGGAGGAGGAAAGUUCUCGACGUGCGGAGGCUCUGCGUACCUUGAGAGAAGCACAGUCCCAUAAUGCUGAAUUGCAGGAGGACUUAGAAACUGAGCGGGCAGCACGUGCAAAAGCAGAAAAACAAAAACGUGACCUGGGAGAGGAACUGGAAGCUUUGAGGACAGAGUUAGAAGAUACACUGGACACCACAGCUGCACAGCAGGAGCUCAGAUCAAAAAGGGAACAAGAGCUGGGUGAGCUGAAGCGUUCCUUAGAGGAUGAAUCUCGCUCACAUGAGUCUCAAAUCACAGAUCUGAGGCAACGACAUGCAGUGGCUAUGGAAGGGGUGCUUGAGCAACUGGAGCAAGCCAGGAGAAUGAAGGCAUCACUGGAGAAGACUAAGCAAAUAAUGGAAGGCGAAAGAGCUGAGCUCGCAGCUGAAGUGCAGGCAUUACAGAGUGGCCGAGCAGAGAGCGAACACAAACGGAAAAAACUGGAGACUCAGUUACAGGAGGCACAGACUCGGCUUCUGGAGAGUGAGAGACUGAAGGCCGAGUUCGCAGAGAAGAAUCAGAAAAUACAGACAGAACUGGAUUCACUUUCUGCAUCGCUUGGCUUCACAGAGUCCAAGUCAAUCAAGUUAGCCAAGGAUGUGAGCAGUUUGGAAACGCAGCUCCAUGACUCUCAGGAAUUACUUCAAGAAGAGACCCGCUUGAAACUGUCUCUCGGUGCCCGGGUUCGAGCCCUGGAAGAGGAGAGAGCUAGUCUUAUUGAACGAGUAGAAGAGGAGGAGGAAGGAAAGAGGAACCUCAAUCGGCAGAUCCUCUCUUUACAGCAGCAGAUAUCUGAAAUUCGUAAGAAGAUGGAGGAGGAUUCUGCUGCUUUUGAAGGUGGAGAGGAGUCCCGUCGGAAACUGGCCCGGGACCUAGAAUCUGUGUCACAGCGCUUCAAUGAGAAAUGCCAGGCUCUAGACAAGCUUGAGCGUUCCCGAGCACGGUUCCUGCAGGAGAUUGAAGAUCUGAACCUGGCACUGGACCAGCAAAGGCAGAAUACAGCCGCACUUGAGAAGAAGCAAAAGAAAUUUGACCAGCUUCUUGCUGAAGAGAAAACUGUGUCAGCACGUUAUGCCGAAGAGCGGGACCGGGCUGAGGCCGAGUGUCGGGAAAAAGAGACACGGGCACUGUCUCUAGCCCGCGCUCUAGAGGAGGUGCAGGAAAGUCGGGAUGAGAUGGAGAGAAUGAACAAGCAGCUACGCUCUGAGAUGGAUCAGCUUGUGAGCUCCAAGGAUGACGUUGGCAAAAAUGUUCACGAGCUUGAAAAGGCACGACGCGCAUUAGAGCAACAGGUGUCAGAAAUGAAAACCCAGCUGGAGGAGCUUGAGGAUGAGCUGCAGGCAGCCGAAGAUGGAAAAUUACGCCUUGAGGUCAAUAUGCAGGCCCUGCGGGCACAAUGUGAGCGAGAGCUGGCUGGCAAGGAGGAGAGUGGAGAAGAAAAGCGCCGAGCACUCAUGAAGCAGGUUCGAGAGAUGGAACUGGAAUUAGAAGAGGAAAGAAAACAGCGUGCACAAGCUGUGUCUGGGAAAAAGAAGCUAGAAACUGACUUGCAGGAAAUUGAGGCUCAAAUAGAGGCUGCCAACCGUGGCAGAGAUGAGGCAAUAAAACAGCUAAAGAAACUCCAGGCCCAGAUGAAAGAUGUGCUACGAGAACUGGAUGAGGCAAAGCUAUCACGUGAUGAGAUUGCUGCCCAGUCAAAGGAAAGUGAAAAGAGGCUUAAAAGCCUGGAAGCAGAGGUGCUGCAGCUCACUGAGGAUCUUGCAGCAGCUGAACGAGCCAAACGACAGGCUCAGCAAGACAGAGAUGAUAUUGCAGAAGAGAUUGCCAAUAGCACAACUGGAAAAUCUGCCCUGUUAGAUGAAAAACGGCGACUAGAAACUCGAAUUGCUGAGCUGGAGGAAGAGCUUGAAGAAGAACAAGGGAAUAUGGAACUUCUGAAUGACAGGUUCAGGAAAACUGCCUUGCAGGUGGAGACACUUACAGUCCAGCUGUCUGGCGAGCGAACACUGUCCCAAAAGAAUGACGCAGCCCGGCAACACCUUGAACGGCAGAAUAAGGACUUGAAGACCAAGUUGAACGAGCUGGAAGGAGCAGUGCGCAGCAAGUACAAGCUCAACAUCGCUGCCAUGGAGGCAAAAAUCCAGCAACUGGAGGAGCAACUGGAGCAAGAGAGACAGGAGCGCAUCGUUGCCAAUAAAUUGGUACGACGUUCUGAGAAGAAGUUCAAAGAGAUAAUGCUGCAGGUAGAAGAUGAGAGACGCCAUGCAGACCAAUUUAAAGAACAGCUUGACAAGUCCUCAGCUAGAAUGCGGCAACUGAAACGACAGCUUGAAGAGGCAGAGGAGGAGGCGUCCCGCGCAAAUGCUUACCGCCGCAAAUUGCAGAGAGAGCUGGAUGAUGUCAGUGAAACGGCUGAAACAAUGAAUCGGGAGGUCAGCGUGCUGAAGACAAAGCUCAGCCAGUCAGAGCGAAGACGAGACAAAAGAGGACCCCUGCCCUUCAUGAUCAGGACCACAAGGCGGGGAUUCCUGGGAGAUACAUCACUGGAGAACUCCGACUCGGAGGAGCCCACCACCCCAGGAACGACUGAUCCUGGCACCCCUGGAACCCCUGAAUCUGGUAACGGGACUGUGAACCAGAAUCCCAGGGCUUCUCCACUCCCGCCAUACCUACCACCGCAAGGAGAAUGAAGACAAGAACGAAGAAAUAGGUCUGGGUGGGAGGGAACUGGGGUCUGACGCGUAACCAUGGGUUUAAGGUGAAAGAGUCAAGUUUGGAGAUGCAAAGUUUUCAAACCUAUCAGCCCUUUUGUGUACAAUGGGGUCAUCAAGGCCUUUUUGUAAAGUGUGGAAUUAACCAACGCCUUUCUUUUUUUAAUUUUCUUUUAGCUCUUAUCAGGUCAAAAUGCAGUUUUGAAGGUGUGCAGUUGUUUUAACUGUAAUUCAUUUUUUCUUGUUAUUCUUUUUUUAAAUUGCACUUAUUUUCUUUUAUAUGUUUUUUUUGUUUCAAUUUAGAUAUGCAUUUAUUUUAAUAUGUUUUUAAGGCAUUGAACUUUUAAGGAAAUACAGGAAGAGACCUUCGACUUGUAAAGUCACCAAGAGUGUGACACACAGGGAUGAGGGGCCUUGUGAGGUGAAAUGUGAUCCAUGCAGAUUGCCAUCCUCAGCCUUUUGCAUUGCUUCUGCUGUGCCCAGGGAUGCCGGCAGGGUGCAGUUUUGUAAAUGGGUGCUGGCAUGUACCCCAGAUUCAAGCUUUGCUUAAGUAAUUGCUCUAUUAUCACAGGAUGCUGAGUGGGAAGGAGCCUAUCAAAGCACGGAGAAGUAUGAGAGAGCAGAGGAUGGCCAGAAUCAAAAAGGACAGGGCCCAGUUUAUACGUCAACUAUUUGUGUGAUAGUCUGGGAAUUCUGUAUAACGUGCACGUCCAAAAAUAGAGUGCCAGCGGGGCAUUACUACAAGCUAGCGUUUGCACCCCUCAACAAUGGAAAUGAUCCAAAUUCAGCUAAGCAUUUUGAUGCUCUUAAGUGCACUUGUUUACUAGGGAUUAGCUCAUUUUUAAUUUAAUAUGAUAAUACUCUCUUUACCGUUUUUCUUCUGUCCCAGCAUCUAUAAGGGAGCUUGACCAUAUGAUAUUCGGAGCAAGUGGCCACUUUGGUUAAUCACAGGAUUCAGUAGCGUAAGAGAAACAAAUGCAUCUUGAAAAAAGACAUACCACCUUGUAGUAUAGUCACUAUAAAUUCUCGUUUUUAUCAAUUAUUUGAAUAAUGUAAAGCAAGUACAACUUUAACAGUUUGUUUCAGCUCACAAAAUGACAUGUCUCUUGAUCGCACCUUACGAAGAGAAGUGUGACAUUUAGUUUAACAUUGCAAUUGAAAAAAUAAUGCAAAAUAAUCCUUUUAAAAAGACAAAUAUAUUGUCAUUUUAGACAAAUGCGGAAUAGCAAAUUUGCAAAACUUGGUAUUGCUUUAUUGAGUUGUAAGGGCUUAUGAAAUUUCUUUUGCUGGUUGAAGAAUGUAAAAUAAUUGUUUUAAGGCAGACUUAAUUCUCAUGCGCAGCUGUCUGAUUUUGCAGUUUUAGAGUCUUUGGUUAAUUUGUUUUUCUAUUUAUGACAGGUUUUUUUUUCCCUUUUUUUUUUUUUUUAUAAUCGGUGAAAGAUCUUUGGCUGUGUGCGCAAGUAAGUGCGUCUUUGCGUGUGUCUUGCUCACUUGCUACUUGAGAAGUUCUUUAAAAAAAAAUAAAGAAUCUUUUAAUUUGCCCUCCAA